CCGGCCGUGCCGCCGCCCUGUCUGUCUUCGGAGCCGGAUCAGGGCUGCCGCAGCGUUGUCCCCGUAGAUUAAUCCAGCCAUGGGUAGUGUGAAUUACUCAAAAGGUUCCUGGCUACAAAGAUUUGCAAAUGGGAAGCCUGUGAGAAAACCCAAGCAGCAAGAGCCUUGGAAGGCACUAGCUGAUCAAAGCCGAGACAUCAUUGCUUCUGCUCAGUGCAUCUUGGACAGAGAAAAUUUUGUGAGGGAGCUGGACAGAUAUUUGAAGCACAAUGAUUUCCUAGAUCUGAGAAAGACAGAGCUUCUGUACAAAAAAUAUCUUGAUAAUGUUUCAGAGCCACUUAUGCAAAAAAUGAAGAAAAAAAUGGACAGCCAGUCAGAGAAAGAAGUGUGGAAAAGGAGACAAGAACAAUUCUCUCAAUAUUUAAACUACUUUACAAAGAAGGGCUAUGUGUUUUUGGAUGAUUAUGACCCGUCAGAGUAUGAUCCAUUCUUCCAGAAGAUGUGCACAGACUGCUGGAAGGACGAGGAACUCAUCAACUAGCACAAUGACCGAGAGAGCCAAUGAUGUCACCUGUGCUCCAGCUGAGCACAGCCAUCAAAGGUACCCUUUACACAAUUAAGUUACAUGCACUGCCAAAGCAAGUGAGAGCAGCCCAGGCAGGUCUUCAGGCAAA